UUGACGUGAAGAGUUUCUGUUCGGCAUGGUUUCGGCCAAGUUUCGGCGUAUUUAUUUCAUUUUUAUUGUUUUAAUAUAAAUUCAAGGUUAGGUUUAACCUAAAGGUUAAAGGCCCUUUAUUAUCGCAUAUUACGAGUUUCCGACAGAUCCUGCAGUAAAUAUAUUGUAAGAUUUGAGAUGGCUGUCAAUGGAUUCAUUAUUAAUUCGGUGAAAACACUAAGUACUUUGCUCUAUAUGCAGCCAAGCGCGUGCAGUCCCUGUACGUCGUCUCGUUACUCCAACUGGGAUGUGCAGCACGUCACAUCCAUUCGGAAGAGGUCUCAACAUAAUUAUGCGAUCCUGGUACUCAAUCGUCCAUUGACACAAUGUCAAACAUUUAUGGCUAACUUUUGGAAUAAUGCUCUAGUACGAGUUACUGUUGAUGGUGGAACAAAACAAUGGGACUUAUAUCUGAAUAAAUUACCAGUAGACAUGCAAAACAAAAUGAAACUGCCUGACCUGAUAACCGGGGACUUUGAUUCCAUCCCAGAAGAUAUAUUUGAGAAAUACAGAAAGAAAGGUGAUUCAGGAAAUGUGCCAAAAUUUUGUAAAUAUAUUGUUCAUACUCCUGAUCAAAACUACACAGACUUUACAAAGGCUUUAAUGGAACUACAAACAUACUGCUUGGAACACAAACUACAGGCAGAUCAGGUGGUAGCAAUAGGUCAAAGUUCCGGCAGACUUGACCAAGUGCUGGGCAAUAUACAAACCUUGUUCCUUAAUAAGGAAAAGCAGUUGCUAGGACCGAAGACGAGGCUGUAUCUUAUGUCUGAUGACGCUAUAUCCUGGCUCCUUCAACCUGGAGAGCAUAACAUAGCAAUACCCGAGGAGAGCAGAAAGCAUAAAAAGGCUUGGUGUUCACUAGUACCUGUUGGGGAGACUUGCAGAAGUGUAACCACUUCUGGUUUAAAAUGGAAUUUGUCCAAUCAUCAACUGAAAUUCGGCGAAAUAGUGAGUACAUCGAAUACAUUUGAUGGAUCUGAAAUUGUAACGGUUAAAUGCAGCCACACUUUACUUUGGAGUAUGAAGACGCCCAGUAUAGCAGGGUCCGCUUACCUAACCACCAAACCGUAUAUAUUGUUAUAUGCAUAGGGCACAUCUAACAACCAACCAAGAGAACCAUAUUGAAGACUAUAGAGAACCGGAGAGGAAAUAUGAUUGGCCACCUGAUACGACACGAUUCAUUUAUAGCAAACAUUAUAGAAGGAAAAAUUGAAGGAAAGAGAGGAAGGGGUAGACCUAGGAGAACAUUUAUGAAACAAAUAAAAGAGAAGGUGCAUGUCGUGUCGGGAGGUGAAGGUUUUGGCGGGAAGAAGAGAGGAAUGGCGAUUACUCCACCGACAAGAGCGCAGCUCUUAAAUAGAGAGAGAGGGGGCACAUCUAGGUUGUUAGCGAUACGUAAUAAAAUAAAAUAUGUAAGUAGAAAACUGUUUUCCAAUAGGCAAAUAUACUUUACAAUAAUUAAAGUCACUAAUGUACUUAGAUAUUAUCUACUGCCAUCGUUUUUUACAAGUUCCUGUUUUGUUUGUACAUAUUUAUUUAUUUAUGUAAUGUAAAUAAUACUACGUUUUUGGACGGUCCUUCACUAUUUUGCUGGCUUAAAUCUAAGCGAGAAAAUGAUUCAAGAUGGGAUUAAUUUUGUGAUGUGAAAUGAAUUGAUCAUGUGGUGUUUAAUAUACCGUCUUAUGGUUG